AUUGGUGGUCGCCCGGAGGAAAGUAGCAAGGAGCAAGAUGAUGAGGGCUGGAGGGACGGCAAUUGGUGGGUUGAUAGAGAGGAUGAGGCAAAGUGGAGUGUGAAGGGUACUGAGGUUCUGGAGUUGGGCGCGGGCGUAGGACUAGGCGGUGUCAUGAGCGCGUUGACAGGCGCGAAAGAGGUCGCCGUAACAGACUAUCCAGCGCCUCCUAUCCUCGACGCAAUCACCACCAACAUCUCGAAGAACGUCCCGGCGCACCUUCGACCCCACGUCACUGUCCAAGGACACCUCUGGGGCGACACCACGUCCGACUUUGCAGUUGCAAACGCCCACCGCUACACGCGCAUCCUCGCCGCCGACUGCUUGUGGAUGUUGUACGAGCAUGCGAACCUCGCCAAGUCCAUGCUGCACUUCCUCUCAGACUCUCCCGAAGCGCGCAUAUUCUGCAUAGCCGGAUUCCACACCGGUCGAGCGAAAGUAGCGCCGUUCUUCGAAGAAGUGAUUCCCCAGCACGACCUCGAAGUGGAGGAGAUAUUCGAGAUGAACGCAGACGGCAAGCGACGUCCCUGGGCGAAGGAGCGCGACGGCGGGCGCGAGGACAUUGGCGAGCGGAAGAAGUGGCUCGUGUUGGCGCAGAUACGGCGGCGUGUUCCAGCAUAGGUAGCUCGAGCAAGCCCCCCCCUUACACAGACAGACAGUGCUCUCACCGUAGUCCUCACACCCUCUUAAAGCACAGCGU